AUGAACGGCGUCAUUGAAGCGGUGCAUAUCUACGACGAUAACCGGCCCCUCUCCGCGACACAGCUUCUCCCACUCUACCUCGAGCACCAAGCCCCGAGACCGAACCUGAUCUACCUCCCCAAUACGAAUCCGCCGACACUGGUGUUUAGUCUGACUCAUGCGAAUCAACUUUAUCUGGCCACGUCAUCUGCCGAAAUCGAACCAUUGCUGGUCCUUGAAUUCCUGCACCGAGUAAUAGAUGCCCUCGAGGACUUUGUUGGCGCGCCGCUCCUGGCAAUCAAGAUUGAACAAAACUAUGAUAUCGUGGCCCAGCUCCUCACAGAAAUGUGCGAUGCGGGGAUGAUCAGCACCACAGAGCCGAAUGCCUUGAGAGAAGUUGUAGUGGUGGAAGGGUGGAUGGGCAAGCUACUGGGCAGCAUCAACCUGCCAGGAAGCAGCUCAUCGAACCCAAACCUUCCAGCGACCGCAAUGUCCUCGCUGAGUUCAGCGCAGGCGCCAGCAUUACCGUGGCGCAGGUCCAACGUGCGGCACACGUCAAACGAGAUGUAUGCAGACAUUAUCGAGACUCUAUCGGUGACACUGGCGCCUUCAGGGAGACCUCUGGCCGCUUUCGCGAAUGGAAGCAUUGCGUUCACAUCCAAAGUGUCAGGCGUGCCCGACAUCACCCUUUCGCUCAAUAGUCCUUCCGGGAAACAUAACAUUGGGGGGAUCAUGGAGCUACCAGUCUUCCAUCCGUGCGUGCGAUUGAACAGAUGGAGAGAGAGACCAGGGGAGCUCAGCUUCAUUCCACCGGACGGCCGAUUCAUACUUGCGGGCUACGAGGUGGACUUGCUGCCCUUUACCAGCGGCAAGACCGGCAACAUCAGUGCGAACAACUUGAAACUGCCUGUGUCUCUGGAGGUCAAGACAGGAAUGGGUCCCACUGGUGCCGAAUUCGAAGUUCGGUUACAGGCCAACAUGAUUCCUGGGACUACCGGCGGUGGCACAGGGCGACUUGGGGGAUCACAUCCUGGCACACAGGCUUCGCCUUCUAUCGAGGACUUGGCAGUGACAGUACCGCUCCCGGCAGAAGUCAGGAAUCUCUCGGACAUUCGGCCGAGCAAAGGCGAUGCCAGCUUCAACCCGGGCGACAAGGUGCUGGAGUGGCACAUCCCGUCCAAGGCGAUCUCGGAACCAACGUCAUAUUUUGGAUUGCGCUGCACUGUUGUUGGAACUCUCGCGGCUGAGAAUGAUGAUGCGAUUGAUGAUGAUGCUAGCACCAUGGCCUUCCACAAGGACUUCUCCUACAAUGAGCCGUACCAAAGUGAGCCAGCCGUCAGUGGCGGGAACACUGAGAAACCCGCUGUGAACGAUGACAAGGACGCGAAAAAGGUCGCCCAGAACAAAAUCCUCAUGCCAAGCUCGGCAUCUGUGUCCUUCUCAGUGAAGGGAUGGCUGGCGAGUGGCUUAAAGGUGGAGAGUAUCAUGCUCGACACGAGGAAGAGCCAAGGAGUCCAGCGCGUUGGCAUGCUUACGCCGUGGCUCGAAGCCUUUCCACGAACCGCAAACGAGACCAUUGAAGAGAUCAAUCAUCAUGUCGGCUAUGAUCUCGCAUCCAUCAUUCAGAAUGGAUCCUCGCGCCAGCUCACACUCACCAACCAUGCGCAGCCGGCUAUCAUGGCCACGUCGAUCCUCAUUCUACGCGUCCUCGAAAGGGAGUUCAACUUUACGGUGGCGGACAACUUUGACUACACCCUGGGCCACUCCCUUGGAGAGUUCGCGGCUUUGGUAGCAGGAGGAUACAUUGCCUUUGAGGACAGCAUCUACCUCGUCAAACAGCGUGCCGAGGCCAUGAGCGAAGCUACACGGCGGGUCAUUAAGGACCACGGAGGCGAAUAUGGCAUGGUCGCCAUUGUCACGGAGCCAGAGUACCUGGAGCCUCUCAUCAAGGUCAUCUACGGGUUCGUCGGGCACUCCAGCGCGGGGAACAAGGGCGAGAGCAGUGAAAGCGUUCCACCCAUCGAGCAGGUCCUCAUUGCGAACAUCAACAGCAAGAACCAGAUCGUUCUGAGCGGGUGUAUCGAGAGGAUUAAGACUCUGGUGGCCCACGUGAGGCAGUUCCUGGGUCAUGACCCACGAGCGGUGCGUCUGCACAGUGAUUCGCCGUUCCACAGCCCCAUCAUGAAGCCUGCGGUAGCCGUUGUGCGGAACCUGUUGAACCAGACGAGUCGAGUGCCAGGCCGGGAAUCGGAUGACAUGGUCACCUUCCCAGGUCGCAUACCCUGCGUGAGCAACGUGACCGGGAGGCCGUUCCGCGACAAGGACAAUCUGAAGGACCUCGUGUCAAGGAGUUGUCUCGAAACCGUGCGUUGGUGGGACAGCAUCAAAUACCUUGACCAAGAAGAGAGGGUCAGGCGCUGGGUCGGCAUCGGGCCUGGCAAGGUAGGGAGGAACCUUGUUGGAAAAGAGGUUGGCAUGCGUGGCAAAGACAUGGUGAAAGGAGGCGGUGUGUGGGCGAUUACCGACCCUGCCGAGAUUGAGGAUGUGCUCCGCGGGCUCGAAGACACGAACAACGUUAUGGAUGAGGAGGAUGAGGUUCUCUUCAGUGAUUGA